GUACCUGAGUGCCUUCAUACAAGCAGCAGGAACGACGGGCACGCAGGUCAAAUCGUUGCCCUUCGCUGUUUGCUCUUUGUCGCGUAAUUUAAAGCAGCUGAUUGAGCACCGGGAUAUUUUCGGACUAAUAUUUAAAUCCAGGUCGAUCGACCUUUUUGUGCUCUUUCCGGACUUCCGGAAGAAACUCGUCAGACUGCGACAUUUCCCCCAUAUGACCCUGAGGCCUCAGUCCAGUGUCGGGUAUCAGUACAAACAGCCACCAGAGGACGGUCUGGGCCGAGUGUUGUCCCUAUGGAGAGCACCCCGUCCUGGACCAGUGGUCCCAUUGAUGAGGGGCCAUACCAAGAGCGCUGCGUCGACCCUGUGGAGAUCCAGCACUUCAGAGUGAGCCACAAAGUCAGCAAGGACGCCAACGGCAAUACGACGGGGCCAGAGACUGUAAGCUUCCUCCCCGUCAAAGAGGAGCCCGUCUCGGGGGCGUGUGUGUGCGGACCUUGCGCGUCUGUGAGCAGCUGCAGGAAGCUCUUUUGCAGCGUUUUGACAUGUGGACUGUACCGCGUAUGCCGGCGCCUGCCUUGCCUGGUUUCGAGCGAAAGCUCGGCUCCCAAAGCGCCGGUGGAGAACCAGCCGAGACCUCCGCAGGCCGAGAACGGCUUCUACUCCGACAUCCGCAUCGGUGGCGUCAAAGUGGACACGUCGGUCAUCGAGGAAGAUGAAGAUCGCUUGUCCUUCUCCACUUCCAAAAUCGAGAUGGACUUCAGUAGCUUACCGGAGGAUGACUUGAUCGGCGGCGGCGGCGGGAAGGAAAACGUGGACCAACUCAUCACCCGGAAGCUCAUGGAGGUCUUCUCCGAGUUUGAGAUCAACGAGCUGGCCAAGUGCACCACGGACUCCAUGUUCCUGCGGCGCUCCCGGGAGAUCAGUCAGCUGAUCUCGGACAUCGUGGAGGAGCACAACAUGGAGGAGCAGGAGGCCGAGUGCAGGCUGGUGCGAGAGAUCAUUCGCAUCAGCACGCGCAAGAGCAAGAAGAAGCCCCAAGUCAGGCCUCCGGAGCUGCAGCGGGACAGCGGCAACGACACCUGGAACAGCAAGAGGAACAGCCAGAAGAGCAGCGUCAACUCCAUGAGCGACGGAAAGUUGCAGAUUUCAUUGGAGAGGUCAGAUGACAUUGAAGCCAGGAAGUUACGCAACAACAGUAACCAGUCAUCCUCUCGGAGUUUCCAGGAAACCGGUGUUCGGAUCACGUCGGACACUCCUUUGCUGCCCAGCAGCGUACGAGCGUGAGAGUGUCCGUCGGACAUGAAUCGUUUUCAUUUACAGACGUCCGUAAACGACCAAUACUUUGUCUCUGUGAAGAAGGUGUCCUCUGGCUUGGAGUCAGAGGGUUGUUUUUGAAGUAUGCCCCUAAAAAGUGUGAUUUCGUGGGUAGAUGGUAGGCAUAUUUCUGCUUCUAUUUCAUAUUUUCUUGAGAUGGACGUGUGAAGUAUCUCAACACUGCUGUCUAGACGACAUCAACGAACGACUCGCUCAGAAUGAAGAAUAAGAAACAGUCUGACCUCUUUAUUGCAAACAGAUGCACACUGUAGGAGCUUUCUUAAUGAUCUAAAGUGCCCCUAUUACGGACCUUUCCCAGUGAGCUUCAUGCAGUGUGUAACGCAGCUCUAAGUGAAUGAAAACAUCCUGUAAAGUUUUAAAUAUGCAUAUAAAGUUACUGUCUUUUUAAAAGAAAGAGUUGGCUCUAAAUCAUUAAAGUCACUUUUAAAACAAACCCCAAUGAAAAAUUAGUUUAUCGCCGGCCACUUGUUGGUCUGAAUGAAAGUGCAAAUUCAUGCAUCACCAUUAGGUGCCACUUUUUUUUGGAGCAGAAAAAUAAUUUUUUCCCAAGUAACGCUGUACACAAAACCGCACGGAGCUCACAAACACUGCCUAAACCUUUCAUAACCCAUAAUAGGGGCAGCUCAACAUUGAAUAUGACUUUUGAGUAGUGAACUGGUCCUUUACUGCUAAGAUGAAGGAUGUAUUGGUCAAAUGUUGGCACUUGAGUGAAGUUUGUCAGACCAAACAAAAAUGCUGUGAGCCGGAACGAAUGUUGAAGGGUUUUAAAUGGGCCUGGCUGCUUAUUUAAAUUUCCAUAAGAACAACAUAUGCAACUCGCCGUAUGCAAAAUCUAGGAUGGCAUCUAAUCAAUGCUUUAUUUUCAUGUGUAUUUUCGUGGUGCGAGAGGAAUUUGUUAGGAAAAAAAAAAUGUUCCCUUUGUGUAAGACUGCUGUGUUUGCUUAAAUGAUAAUAAAAAAUCUCUGUUGCUUGUUAAA